AUGUCUGGAAAGGUGGGUAUCAACAAAGGGAUUCGACGAGUAGUUCAUUUCGUUGAUGAUGAACAACUAAUUUUUCAUUUUUAUUUGGUUCGUUUUGAAUCAUUUACUAAAUUGACGGGUAAACGUGGUCAGACUCCUACUGUCAGCAAACGUCAGUUACGCACCAAAAAUAAUAAGGUGAAAACGAAAACAGCUGAAAGAUACCACCAAUCACCAGAGGAACCGGAUACGUCUCAGAAUCGCAAAAGAAAAACGCCCGUCAAUCCGAAAUCAAGCGAGAAGAGACCACGGGUGUUAGCAGCUGAUGUACAAUGGUGCAUUCUGAACGUCAGUGAUCUUACUUUAAAGGUGUUUGCCCUGGAGUAUGGCCACUACAAUCGCAGGCGCUGCCACGCUCGCUAUAAGACAAUCCUUACGAACAUGUCCGAAGAAGAUCAUUCUCGCCUCCUUGAGGAAUUUGAAAAUUGGUGUCUCACGCUUGAUUGCACAGUGUUUUGGAAGGAACGCCAGCGAAUUCAUGCUUUGGAAACUACUGCGUCCAACUGCUCCCAAGUGAUCAAUGAUAUGUUAUUAUCUGAUUCCCAGAGCCUUUUGGAGCCUCAGAAUCAAUCUCCAACAGUAGAAUCACCAACUCCACGUCCAACACAGGAAACAACUGCAUCACAACCUAUAGCAGCAACAACUACAACUGAUUUGGAUCAAGAGCAUGCUAAAAUUCGAAAAGGGAGUGACAACGAAGAGAAGCAUUGGAUUGUUGAUGGGAACGAUAUUACUUCUCUUUUCCAAAAAUACCGGCAUCAAGCAGACAUCAUUCCUAAGCCUGUCCCUUUGGAAUCGAACAUCCAGGAGAUAUUAGCCUUGUCGGGUGUACUCUUCCUGGCGAAUGAACAGCAUAGCGAACGCAAAGUGACUGUUUUUGGGGAACAAGUGCUCAAGAAUUUGCUAGAGUGUCAGACUCAAUCGCUACUCAGCAAAGUGCCACACAAUACCCCGAAUUUACCAAUGAUGACUUCAUGGAAAUGGUUGGUGAAACUACCGCUUGAACCCGUCGCAGACAAGAACCAAUUUGGAGAAGUAGACGUACAAACCAGGUAUUAUGAUCCAUGGCUGUCGUCCAUUUUGGCAGAUACUACGAAGAAGGUCGUAUUACGAUGGCCGAAUAAGAAGGAUACAUCAACCACUGGCAUUCGUCCAGACGCCAUUGUAUCUACCUUGCUCACCGUAUUAUCACGCAACAGCGUAUUGAAGUGGCACCAUCCCAUCCUCACUUCUCAAGCUUAUGGAUUUCAAUUAGUUUUUUACAUGACGCAAAUGAUACAUACUAAUUUCUUUACCAGGAUUGAAAUUGGCCGCAUCACCCUGCCUGAAUCAUUGUCCUGCCUUCACUCGUCCGUCACACUAAAAAAUAUCCGUACGCUAUUGCGCGUCACCCUUAUAUUUUGGCAUUGCUGUUACCAAGCAGAUUCACCAACAGUUGCCGUUGCACCUGUCAGUACGCUAUCCCCAAAGGUUACAUAUCCAAUCGAAGCCUCAACGUUUUCCUCCCUCCGCAACUCCAGAUACCACACAAUUAUUGCAGAUGAUUAA